AGCUAAUCUCUGUUGUAAUUAUGGCCAAUAUAGUAAGGGCAGCUACGUGAGAUUUCUAGGAAAACAGAAGCAAGCGGCCGGUCGGCCCUCGUUACCAUGGCACCUACUGACGGGAAGCCAUCCAUGGACUGGGGGGUAGGUAGCUAGAGGGUAAACUAAAAAUGUCAUCGGCUGAUGUGGAUCAUCAAACCGGGGGAGAGAUUUUGGCUAUAAUCAUUCAUGCUGGAUCAGCAUCGCUCAGUAUAAAAAGAACACUGCAAAUCUUGAUAACAGCUAAUCCCUGCUAUAGCCAUAUAUAGCCAAAGGGCAGCUACGUGAGGUAACUGAUUAUGCGGAACCUGCUAGCAUAAUUUUUGCAUAACAGUUUUCUAUACUCUUUUUGAUUCCAGGAAAACAGAAGCAAGUGGCCGGUCGGCUCUCGUCACCAUGAUGAAAGUCGCGCUGUGCCUCGCAGUCGCCUUUCUCGCGGUCUGCAGCGCUGACGGAGCCUACCGUGAGGAGACGCAGUCAGACUCCUACAUCCAGUCACCCAAUUUUGAACCUAUGGACGAUAGGCGUUAUCUUCGAAUUCUACAAUCCAUACCGCAGGAUGACGAUGCGUUUCUAGCGCAAGACGACGGAGACGACGACGCCUAUCUGGAAUCCCUGCCGCAGGAUGACGAUGCAUUUCUAGCGCAAGACGACGGAGACGGCGACUCCUAUCUAGAAUCCCUGCCGGAGAAAGAUGCUCAAUACAUGCAGGACGAUGAUGGUGAUGAUGAUAACGUGCUCGUGCAACAGGAAGACGAAGAGCCGGCGAAACUAUCAGAGUUGGACGAUUCCCCGAUUGCACAACAAACAGAUGCUCCAGUGAGCGCGCAAAAGCGCGGUCGCCGGGGUUGGCGCCGCCGAAGCCGUAGAUGGCACAGGGGCGGAAGAAGGCGCCGUCGCCCUCGUAGAUGGGGCGGAAGAAGGCGCCGUCGCGGUGGUCGAUGGGGACGGUGGUUUAACCGCGCGCAGCCGUGGUUGGGAAAGGGUUUGGACUACUAUAUGAACCGACAGCAACCUCAAGAUGCCUCUCUAGAAUCUUUGCCGCAGGAUGACGAUGCGUUUCUGGACGGCGACGACGCCUAUCUGGAAUCCCUGCCGCAGGAAGAUGCACAGUACAUGCAGGACGAUGAUGAUGACGACGGCGGAGUCAACUCGCAAUCAAUACGACAGGAAGAAGACGAUGCGUUGUCUCUCGCACAACAGGAAGAUGAAGAGCCUGUGGUUGUGCAAAACUUCCCGAUCAUAAAAUCAGACGAGAAUGCCCCUGCUAGUGAGCAAAUAUUUGGAUCACUUGCGGUUGGAGUAGGAUCCAAAGUGUUGAAACAUGCGCUGAAACGAAGAAAUCGGCGUCGUCGUCGUCGUCGCCGUCGCCGUCUGCGUCGUCUUCGGCGUCGUCAGCGUCGUCUGCGUAAUCGUCGCCAUCGUCGUCGUCGUCCUCGCCAGUAUCGCACGGUACAUAGAUCUAUACGUCCGUAUCGUCCUUACCGGUACCGCUGGGUACGACGUCGCUAUCGCCCAACAUGACGGUGAAGUUAUACAGAAAACAAAACAAGUGGACAAAGAACAAUGUUGUAGAUAAUAGAAAUGUAGUUUUAGCUAGGCAUUAUUGCAGAUUCAUGAAACUUUAGAGCAGUAGAAACUCUUUGAUUUGUACAUUAUGUCUAUAUAAAUUUUGUAGUUCUACAAAGUGUGUUAUAAUGGC